AUGACUUCCCGCAGCGAAUUGAAGAAACUAUCGGAGGAGAGCUUGACUCGUCAGCCGGAGGAGGUCUUCGACAUAAUUUGCAAGCUGGGAGAGGGUUCCUAUGGAUCCGUUUACAAAGCACUUCACAAGGAGAGCGGACAGGUACUUGCUAUUAAACAAGUGCCUGUUGACACAGAUCUUCAGGAGAUCAUCAAGGAAAUAUCGAUAAUGCAACAAUGUGAUUCCCCCUAUGUCGUUAAAUAUUAUGGGAGUUACUUCAAAAAUACUGAUCUUUGGAUUGUUAUGGAGUACUGUGGAGCUGGUUCAGUGAGUGACAUCAUGAGAUUAAGAAAGAAAACCCUCCAGGAGGAUGAGAUAGCGACGAUCCUCUGUGACACACUGAAGGGCCUCGAGUACCUCCAUUUGAGGCGUAAAAUUCACAGAGACAUAAAGGCUGGAAAUAUUUUGCUCAAUAACGAGGGGCACGCCAAGCUCGCGGAUUUUGGUGUUGCUGGCCAGCUCACAGACACAAUGGCAAAGAGGAACACAGUGAUAGGAACUCCCUUCUGGAUGGCGCCGGAGGUGAUCCAAGAGAUCGGCUACGACUGCGUGGCGGACAUCUGGUCCCUGGGGAUAACAGCCCUGGAGAUGGCGGAGGGCAAGCCCCCCUACGGCGACAUUCACCCGAUGCGCGCGAUCUUCAUGAUCCCGACGAAGCCCCCGCCGAGUUUUCGCGAGCCAGACCAGUGGAGUCCCGAGUUCAUCGACUUCGUCAGCGGUUGUCUGGUGAAGAAUCCCGAGGAGCGAGCGACAGCCACUGAGCUCCUCAACCACGAGUUCAUAGGGGCCGCCAAGCAGCCCAACAUCCUCAGCAUGAUGAUCGCCGAGGCGCACGACAUAAGGGAGAAGCAAAGUGCCCACCGUACCCACGUCAUCAAUAACGUCGCCAUAAAGGGCCAGACGAACGCCGACGACUCGGACGAGGACGACUGCAGUGGCACCAUGAAGCCACUGCCCGAGGACCCCGGGACUCUGGUGCCCAGUCACGACCUCCCGGACACUGGGACACUCGUGUCCGGCAUUCUGGACCUCGGGACGAUGGUCAUCAACAGCGACACCGACACUGAGGCCACUAUGAAGAGGCACAACACUGGCUCUGUCGAGUCGGGGAAGAAGUACCGACCACUCUUUCUCGAUCACUUCGACAAGAAGGAGGCCCCGGAGAUCGUCAAGGGCAAUGGGCAGAUUCUUCACACUGAGGACGGCCACAAAGUCGAGCAGAUACCCACCACUGAGGCACAGAGGUUUCAGAGCCAUCUCCAACUGCAACUCAAUCAGAUCUCACAUCCUGUCCCUGAACAGCAGCACAACAACAUAUCCAAGUUUCAGAAUGCCUUCACUGAACGGGAUUUCGAUUUUUUGAAAUUCCUGUCAUACGAGGAGCUCCAGCAACGCAUGGCAAGCCUCGACGCAGAGAUGGAGCGAGAGAUCGAUGAGCUACGCAGAAGGUAUCAAACAAAGAGGCAACCGAUUCUCGAUGCAAUGGAUACAAAGAGAAAGCGCCAGCAGAAUUUCUAACACUGUGGUUAUUUUUUGUGAUAGAACGACAAAACGAGAGAUACAAAUGGGGGUGUACAGUUGUAUAAUAUUGAUUAGAUCUUUAACUCAGUAAUGCAUUUUUUUCCCUCGAAUUUCUUGGGUAAUUAGGGGCUAAUGAGGCAAAAUGGACACUUGAGUUUUUUUUCA